ACGGCAGCAGCAGCGGCUGUGGUGAUGGCAGAAGCUGUGUUUUCAUUAGUCUAAUAUUCAGAGAAGCUCCACAAUUAUGUAAGAGUGACGUGCUGUCAUCCUCCCUCGGCCGGCCCACCGCCUGGCAGGAACGUGGCCGUUUGUUUUCCUUUGAUCCUCCAUCACUGGGAGAAGCCAAAAGGACAUCUGUCAAGAGUGUGCGGUCGGGGACAAGACUCGUAGUAGUCACGCCACAGCAACAUCGCUGCUUUGAGGCUUGUUGGCAUGAAGAGACUAUGCAUUGAAGCGGCAAGAAAGAGUUUAGAGUCUUUGCAAUGUGGAAGGAGAUGAGAAAGGAUGUGGAGGUGCUUCUGGUUUUCGUUACAAAAUGGAACACUGCUAAUCGAUGAUGCGAUCUGUGUGAUGCUCUGCGUCGGAGGUUUUUUUAGAAGAUGAAGUUUAAGAAGUUCAUUACGAUCAUGCAGGCAGCAAUGGGGAUCGUACCCCUUAACAAACGAGAGCUUCUUCCACCAGGCAGGAAACUGUGGAGGCCCCCUGGGGAUCAGCCUGGAUCUGACCAGACCACAACUGCUCUUUUUAAGUCCAACCGCAAGUUCUGCUGGUCCCGAGAAGCCCAUUACUUGUAUCUUCGUCGCCUCUCUUCGCGCAGCUAUUCAGCUAUUAUGAUGAACCCAGUCAUGGAGGAGACCGUCUGGGAGCAGUACACAGUGACACUGCAGAGGGAUCCAAAGAUGGGCUUUGGCAUCGCCGUAUCUGGAGGGCGAGACAACCCGAAUGAGGAGAGUGGCGAGACAUCAAUUGUGGUGUCUGACGUCCUGCAGGGAGGACCAGCUGAUGGCUUGUUGUUUGAGAAUGACAGAGUGGUGCAGGUGAACGCCAUUCCCAUGGACGGGGUCAUUCAUUCCUUUGCUGUCCAAACCCUCAGAAAGUGUGGCAAAGUUGCAAAAAUUACAGUCAAGAGACCAAGAAAGGUUCCUGUAAAUGUCCUGAAUCGUCCUGGCUCACCCGAUGACCGUGUUUUCAACAACGACUACGCUGACGACUACAACUACGAUCAGGACCGUCGCAGCGUGUACAGCAACAGGCAGGACCACAGCCUAGAGAGGGAGCACGGUGGCUACACAGAUUCUGGCUACCAAACCCGUGAGCGUGAUUAUGACAGGAACUAUGAUCGACGAGAACGGGGCAGAAGUGCGGAGAGAGACCUGAGCCCCGACCAGCAGUACAGGAGAGAUGGUAGCAGAGGUCGCACCUUGGACAGAGAACGUAGCCCUGAUCGGCAUCACAGGAGCGAUCACAGACUUAACCAUGACUAUAGCCCAGACAGAAGAUAUCGUAGCGAGCGCACGUUAGACAGAGACCAUAGUUCUGAUCGGCGCUACCGCAGUGAGCGAGCCCUCGACCGUGACUACAGCCCAGACCGACGCUAUCGUAGCGACCGUGCGCUAGAUCGCAACAACAGCCCCGACCAACGCUACAGAAGGGACAGUCAUAGCCCGGGACGCGACCGUGGGCGUAACCACAGUUUUGAGAGAGGACGAGAACGAAUUCCUAGCGACUCGAGGAAAUACGAUGAGCCUCUUAAGAGAGGUGGGAGCAGGGACCGGCUGGAGCGCUCACCGUCACCUGCCGCUAUGCCCAUCCCUAUGCCACGUCCUGCUCGAGAAUUGGAGCCACUGGAGAAACCGCUGAAUGUUCUGCUGCUCAAGAACCGGCCUAGCGAAGAGUAUGGCCUUCGUCUGGGCAGUCAGCUCUUUAUCAAAGAGAUGACCAGCACAGGACUUGCCAGCAGAGAUGGAAACCUACAAGAAGGAGACAUCAUUCUCAAGAUCAAUGGAACAGCAACUGAAAACCUGUCGCUCAGCGACGCAGGGAAGCUGAUCGAGAAAUCUCGUGGGAAGCUGCAGCUGGUGGUCCAGAGAGACAGGCAGCAAGUGCUGAUCAGAGUCCCCCCGAUGGUUGACAGCGACUCAGAACUUGAUGAUAUAUCCGAGAUAGAGUCAUAUCGCUCCUACUCUCCACAAGAUGAAAGACGGGGCCAUCAUUCAGACCUUUCUUCCCACUCCUCCAAUGAAAGGCUGCGAGAGAAGCCAAGAGAGGACCCUCCUAAUAGGCUGGCUAAAAUGGGUGCCAUGCCAACCCCAUUCAAAGGGCUUGACCGAGCUGUGGAAGCCACGCCCCCAUUGCCUGCUGAGAGGGAGGAGCCACGGCCACAAACGCCACCAACGAUCACAGUUGGCCCCAAGGUUCACGCUCCUCCUAAAGUGCCACUAAAGCCAACCAUAGAGGACCAAGAAGUAUAUGGGCCAAAUACAUUGAUGGUCCGUUUUCAGAAAGGUGACAGCGUUGGUAUGAGGCUUGCAGGAGGGAAUGAUGUCGGCAUCUUUAUUGCGGGGGUUCAGGAAGAUAGUGCAGCUGAACAAGAGGGUCUUCGCACUGGGGAUCAGCUGGUGAAGGUGAACAACGUGGACUUUAGGGGUAUGGUCCGUGAGGAUGCAGUCCUUUAUCUCCUGGAGAUUCCCAAAGGAGAAGACAUGACCAUUCUUGCACAGAGCAAACCAGAAGUAUACAAAGACAUUUUAGCAUCUGGCAGAGGUGACUCAUUCUUCAUCAGGACCCACUUUGAGUACGAGAAAGAGGCUCCUCAGAGCCUUCCUUUCACCAGGGGAGAAAUUUUCAAAGUUACUGACACACUGUAUGAUGGCAAGCUGGGCAACUGGCUGGCAGUCCGUACAAACAAAGAAAACCAGUUGCUGGAGAAGGGCAUCAUUCCCAAUAAAAGCAGAGCGGAGCAAAUGGCUAACGUCCAGAAUGCUGCACGAGCCGCAUCGGGUAAUGACAGAGGCGACUUCUGGAGGCUUCGAGGGCAACGAGCGGCGAAGAAAAAGGAUCUUCGCAAGAGUCGAGAGGAUCUGAGUGCAGCACCAGUUGCCACAAGAUUCCCAGCCUAUGAGAAAGUUGUCCUGCGUGAAGCUGGCUUCAAGAGACCUGUGGUCAUAUUUGGGCCCAUUUCUGAUGCUGUGAAUGAAAAACUGGCCAAUGACAUGCCUAACGAGUUCCUCGUUGCUAAAACCGAGCCAAAGGAUGCAGGCAGUGAGAAAUCAGCCGGAGUUGUGAGACUGAACACAAUUCGACAAAUUAUCGAACAGGACACUCACGCGCUCCUGGAUGUUACUCCCAAAGCUGUCGACACCUUGAAUUACACCCAGUGGUAUCCCAUCGUCAUCUUCCUGAAUCCAGACGGCAAGCAGGGAGUCAAGAGCAUGAGGAACCGCCUUCUGCCUGGAUCCACCCGCAGUGCACGCAAACUCUAUGAGCAGGCCGUUAAGCUGAGAAAGACCUGCUCGCACCUUUUCACUGACACCAUCGACCUCAACUCGGCCAACGAUGCGUGGUAUGGCAGCGUGAAAGAUUCAAUUCGGGAGCAGCAAGACAGAGCUGUGUGGGUGUCUGAGGGCAAGUUAGAUGGUUCAGAGGAGGAUCUCGAUCUCCAUGACGACCGAAUGUCCUACUUGUCAGCGAUGAGCACAGACUACCUCAGCAUGGACAGCCGUCUGACCAGCGACUACGACGACACAGCCGAUGAGGGUGGGGCUUACACCGACAAUGAGCUGGACGAGCCAAUGGAUGAGCCCCAGCCCGUGUCGGCCAUCGGUCGGUCAUCCGAACCUGUGCUCCCUGACGAGAAGCCCCACCCUGAACCCCGGACUCGUCAGAGAAGGUCAGGCAGCAGAGAGAAGCAAAAUAGAGAGCCCAGUCCUCCCCCUGCUUUUGUCCCUGAACCUCCGAAGGUGCGUGCUCAGACUCGGACCGACUCAUCACGCAGCUAUGACUCGCACUCCAGCAGCACCAUCAGCAGCGAUGCAGUGGGCGGGAACAAGCCGCUGCCCCCUCCGGUGGCCCUGAAGCCCACCAUCGCCCGCCACAGCCAGAUGGCGGACGAGCAGACCUCAGAGAAGAAGGAGGAGGACCCUGCCAACAAAUCCUUCCUGGGCAAGCAAAUGGGGGAUCAGAUUAAAGCUUUUGAGAAGAUGGACCACCUGGCCCGAGCUCAGCGGGUCCUCGAACUGCAGGAGGCGGAGAAUGCUCGAUUGGAAAUCGCCCAGAAGCACCCGGACAUCUAUGCAAUCCCAGUCAAACUGCCCAAACCCAAUCUCAACCGUCCUCAGCCAAUAGGUUCCAGCUCCAAUCCGGAGCCACAGACUCCGUCCAGGCAGCAGUACACCGAGAGCAGAGCUCAAGAAGAUGAUGAGACGGAGUACCGCAGGCAGCUGGCCGACCACAACAAGAGAGGGUACUACAACCCCCAGAAGUACAAGGACACUGAGUUGUAGUACAAAUAAGGAGCAAAUAACGUCAUGAUUCCACACCGCUUUUAUCGUCUCUGUGAUGAAACGCACUGGCCGACCGACACAGCUUCACCUCAAUCUCUGUGAUCUUGUGGUGUGCGCUUCCUGGGAAAUGGCAGGUUCAGACAUCAUCACGCCAUCUUUUCACCAGUCCUUUAUUAUUCAUUGCUUCUCUAUUUGUGGAUAUUAUUUUAUUGUUACUCAUGUAAAAGUUACAGUCAAGCGUCCGGUUUUGUAAAAUAAUUGACAAGAAAUAGUGUUUCCUCUUCUCGUGUGCUUGCAAAUGCCUUUUCUCUCGUUUUUUUUGUUAGGUUUUUUGGGGUUUGUUUGUUUAAAUGUCUACAGUAUAUUGUAUGAAAUCAAAGUUACAGAUAUUAGUUGUUUGAAUUGCUUAGUACUGUAAAAACAGAGCUAUUGUCUUUAGUCUGUUUCAAUGCUACCAUGAAAAGCAGUGCUCAUCCACAUGGUUAGGAAAUAAGGUCAGUCAUGUGAUUUCUUGUGUACCUCUACUCAACGUAACAUUGGAGAACACGGUCUACUGGGAAAAUAGCACAUGUUCAAGUGCCUUGUCUUAAAAAGAUGUUUGAAAAGUAAUACAUUUUGAAGUGACUGCAGACUGAACGUCAGAAAUUUCAAAAAUGAUCAACAAUCUGAGUAGGGUGAGAUAACCUCCCUUUUGGUUUUUCAUGCAACCAUGUGUCCCUUCACCAAAGACAUUAAUACAAACAUGGGUGAGACUUAAAUACAUAUAGCUUGUAGGUUAACAAAGUUCAAGUUGCAAAGCAUGAUGAAAACGUUUUCUUUCUGGUGCCAGUGGAUCAAUUACUGUAUGCAGAAACGGGUUUGACCGUUCGAGUCAAAAGAAACCUUUGGGUUGGAUUUCCGGGAACAAGAUUUAUAUUGUCUUUUAAAGCUUCUUGCAACCACAGACGAUUAUAUAGUUUUUAUAAAGUAUAUUCUCUCAAGUCAAAUCAAUCAAUGGUAUGUGGUGAAGACAAUCAUGAUUUAAAUGUAUGUCUUUUUUUUUUUUUUUUUUAGUUAGUGUUGUUGACUGCGGGAUUACAAAUAAAAAAUUUUUUUUUUUUUUAACAUGAAA